UAUAUCCAGUAUCUCUGGGGUGUAUUCAUUACGUCUCGCAACGGAAACGGUUAAACGUUUAAGAAGCAAACGGAAGCGAACAGAGCAAACGCAAUGAAAGGUGGAGGGACCUAACUGAAUUUGUCCAAUAGAAACUUUCGUUUCUGUUGAAAAAUUAUUUGCAACAAUGGCAAAACAAUUCGGAACAAUUCAGAACUUUUUGCAACAGGCGCAACGUUUUGCAACAGAAUAGACGUAAUGAAUACACCCGUGGUAUAGCCUAUCUUGCGCGAAGCUCUCUUUUAACCUUUGAACUGCAAGCGAAAUCAGCUGAUUUCGUCACAUGACAUAGCUGUCGAGCUUGGACACUGUGCGCUAAGCAUAACAAUUCGGAAGAGGGAAGAAAUAACAGUGAAAUAUUAUAAAAAAGGAAUACAUUCACAUCGAUAGAAACUCCUGGUUAUUACUCCUCCCCUGCCAUGCCGUGAAAGACGGGGGGGUGAACCCUUGACCCUGAGGUGACCAGACUGUGAUUAAACCAGAGGAGGAGGAGGAGGAGACUGACAUGCACCCGUACGGCUGCGAGGCAGAGACCUCCCUACAGGAGCUGUUUGAUUUCUUCACUCGGUGUCUGCAGAAUGCGGAGUGGGAACUGGCUGGAGCCUGUGUGCCUCAGCUGUGUGACGCUGGAGGAGAAGUGUCACAACGGCUACGGGACAUCAUCAAGGCCAUCAUCACCUACCCUUACCCGCUAGAAUGGGAGAGUGUGGGCAGCCCUCACAAACUGGCCUGGCUUUGGCUUCAAGUCCUGGAGAAAUGGACCAAGGAAGAGGUUUCUGUUUCAGUCAGGAGAGAACUAGAGUUCCUGCUGCUUCUAGAGGAGCUAGGAGACGAGGUGCCAGAGACAACGCUCAAGGAACUCCACCAGGCCUUCCUAACCACCCAAUCAGAGGAGAGAAAGGGAUCAGGGAUAUCACCAGGGGCGGGCGAUCCUCAGAGUCCAGGGAUAGAGACCUGUCUCAAGGCCUUGUUGGACCAGAAGAGACCCAGAGUGGCCCAGGCUCUGGUUAGCUUCCUGGAGGACCACCCCAGGAGUGUUAACACAGGGAACCACAUCCUACAGGACACAUUCAUCAGAUACUUGAUGGAGAGAGUGGAGCAUCUUGGUCCAGGCUCAGAGAAGACGGAGGGCUGGGAGGAGGAGAUAUGUGUGGUCCUAGCCCUGAUGCCCCUGAGGUCGGAGCGAGGUGGAGGAGGCGGGGUGGAGGCCCUGUGUGAGGCCCUGUGGAGGGCCAGACACGGGCCCCUGAGAGAAGAGAGGGUCCUGAGCUCCCUGCUACGGCCCCGAUGCCACACCUUGCUCUCCCAUUACUGCUCUACAGCCCUCAGGCUGCACAGAGACCGACUACUGAGAGAGACUCCCAGCACCCAGGUGGAUCUUCCUGAAGCGGAGAAGUUACUGCUGGGCUUGUGUUGUCAUGGGGACCGGCCUUCCGUCUGGAAAACCAUUUACUUCGAGUGCCUGAGCAGCGGCAAGCACUUCCUUGAACGGGUCCUGGUGACUGCUCUGGACCUGGUGAAGAGGGAGGAGUUCUGUAGGCUCGAGGACCUGCUGAAGGGGGAGUUCCAGCCUCUGUCUCGCCUCCUGCUACUCCUGGGGUGGACCCAGUGCCAAAGCCUGCUCUCAGCUCAGACCCUGCUACGCCUCCUACACCACGACCAGGCGCUGGCCAACGACUCUGUUCUGAGAGAGUUUGCCAACGGUCUGUCUUCUCAAUUGGGAGUGUUGGAGUGGUGUGUUGAGAGCAACCCAGGGAUCCCCAAGGAGGCGUUGCUUGGCCAGCUGCACACACUGGACAGUCACUCAGCUUUGUACGUCCUUCACUGUCUCACCCCUCUGGCCCAGAUUGAGGAACACAUGGUACUGGACCUGCUGAAUACACAGACCAAACCUAGCGGAGCAGAUGAGUUCAGUGUGGUGGUAGACAGCCCCAGUCCGAUGGUCCAGAGAAAUCUGGUUCUGUACAGAGGGUUCUGCGCUAUGAAAUACGCCCUGUACGCCAUGUGCAUCACCGCUCACAGGUACAGUGGCUGCUCCGACUGUGGCACCUCGCAGUCCACACCUGAGGCUGAGAAGGACCGGAGCCAGGCCUCAACCCCCCUCCAAGACUGUCCUCCCCUGUUCCAGCUCUACCUGUCUGAGUGUCAGAUCUACCUGGAGGCAGUACCUGCUAUGUUCCGUCUGGAACUACUGGAGAACAUCUUCUCUCUGCUCUUCCUGUCCAUCGCCGAUUUUACCCUCCACAACCAUCAGGGGGCGACGACGAGCACAGGCCAGACAGAACACUCCGAAGAGAAGAAGAGAAAAGGACAACAUGAAGGGAAUAAGAGAGGAGACGGACAGGAGGAGAAAGAAAGCUUGAGCAAAGCCGAAGUAGUUGGAAGAGGAGAAGAGGAUCAAGGCAAAAUGACAAAAGAGAACCAUCACCAACCCCCUAACUUCCCCUUCUCAGCGUCCCAACGGAGUCACCUUGAUCUGGGCCACUUGACGGCAGGCUGCAGGGGCUUCCUAGUGGACCUCGGGGCCAUGGAGGGGUUCCUACGGCUGCUGAGAGAGAGUCUGGAAGGGGUGGUGGUCGUGGGUCAGCGGGCGGGGCAGGAGGAGGGCAGGGCUCUGGCCGGGGAGGCAGAGGCGGCAGAGAGUCUGGGCUGCUCUGUGACGGCAGAGGCUUUCGGGGCGCGGCUGCAGAGACUGUCCAAGAGGACGGCAGAAGCCCAGUGGAGGCUACAGAUUAUCACUUCCAACCAGGACAGCGGCAACGUCUCAGACCCCCAGCCCCAGCCCCAGGCGUCUCCAGCAGCCAGUCCUGCUUCCUGUCUAAAAGGAAGUAGCAGCAGUACUGGGGUCAGGAGGAGGAAAAGGCCGAGACGACAACACUCUGACAGACAACCCUCCACAGAGAUACACAAGGGAGAGGUCAGCGCCAGCCCCUCCGAUGGGAGUGGAGGAGCCGGGCGGUCGGAGUGGGAGGUGUGCCCCUGUGGAAGUAUGGGUAGCUGGGUAGUUCCGGCCAUGCUGUCUCCACCUGAGUCCCUGCUCAUGGCCUGCAUCCGCCGAGGAAACUACAUGGAAGCACACCAGGUGUCUCUGAUGUUUGGCCUGGAGGGGUCAUGGUGCUUUGGGGAACUGGUCUUCAUGGAACGUUACCGGGAAGUCCUGGAGGAGUUGGGUCGCGUGGAGCAGAAGAUGGAGACCCACUCUUUAUCUUCAUCCUCCUCUUCCUCAGAGGGCCUGGGAGCGACGGCCGUGGCGCCCGCCCCGGGGCGUAGUCGCCUGGGAAGUAGUGGGCGCUCCACCCUGCAGGCCAUCGGGAGUGCUGCCGCUGCAGGCAUGGCUUUCUAUUCCGUCUCUGACGUGGCAGACCGUCUCCUUUCCACCCCUGGUCGCCCCGUUCCGUCCCUGGAGGAGGGCUACUGGCUGGGCCGCUGUGUCCUGGACCCCCCAGGGACAGGCCUCCUGCAUACCCUCCUGGAGGAGCUCAGCCCCCCUGCCAUGGCUGCCUUCGACCUGGCCUGCUGUCACUGCCAGCUGUGGAAAACCUCCAGACAGCUACUGGACACGGCAGAGAGACGGCUACACAGCAGUCUGGAGGGAAGAGGACUGAGGGUGGAACCCAAGGUGAAACACUCUGAGGGUAUCCGAGGGUUUCCUGCGAUGCUCCAACAGAUGGGGAAGAUCCUCAACCACACAGCCAGCCAUAGUGGCAACAAGGGCCCCGCCAAGACAGAAUCCAUUGUGGAGGACCAUGUUGCGUCCAGUCCUUUAGGCUGCUGUAUACAAGACGUGUUGCUGUGCUGCCACCCUGUGCUGAGUGAGGAGGGCAUCGCUACCCGACUGAGCCUGGCACAGCACCUAGAGAUCACCUUGCUGACCCUGUCCACCGCUACAGAAACCACAGUGGAGAGUCCUGCUGGUGCCCUUCUAACAGCCCUGGUGGAGCAGGCCAGUCUGAGACAGUCGGAGUUGGAAUCCCACCCGGUCCGUUCCUCCAUGAAGCAGCUGCUGCGGUCGAUGGACCAGCUGUGUCCCUUCGAGCCCCAGGGCUCCCCCUGCAGGCCAGACUACAUGAGGAGCUUCGUGGACUACGUCAACACGCUGGCUUCGGUGUUAAUACGCAGCCUGGGAUCUGAAGACCAAAACAGUGAGGUGAAGUUGGGGAACCCACUCCUGGUUCUCCUCCAGGCCCCAUCUCAGCUGCUCUCUCACCUGCUGUUCGAUAGACAGGUGGCUCCUGACAGAGUUUUGUCUCUGUUGCAGCAGGAGGGUCUGCGUCUGAGUGUCCAGCAGGUUAUCGUGCAGCGCUGCUGUGAGGCUCUGCCUUUGUGGGACUGGUGCCCCGAACCAGAGAGGGAAGCUGGUUCUGGGGGAGAGGCUGGUUCUGGGGGAGAGGCUGGUUCUGGGGGAGAGGCUGGGCAAGGACAGACCGGACCAGGGGAAGGGGUGUUUAGGACUGCCAGCCUGGCAGCCCUGCUACAGCUACAGACUCAGGAACACAUGUCAAUGCUGGGCAUCACUGAGCCUCAGUCCCAGUCCCCCAGCUCUGAAUCUGAAGCGUCUCCCUCACUGGAGGACCUCCGAGCAACUACACCUCCCGUCCUCAUCUUGUCCUCUUCUCUUUCACCUCCACGACCAACUUCCUCUUCCUCCUCUUUUCUCCUCACACCAUCAGCCCUGUCUUUCCUCAAAUCCCGCUCCCCUCUCCUGGCCACCAUUGCCUGUCUAAGUGCCAGUCCACGAGGUGCUGCCCGAGUGCAGCCGUCCGGUUGGCUGGUGUUCCGGGGCGGGGGCCGUAAAGAGUGUGUGCUGGACGGGGAGCAGAUCUCCAGGGAGGGGGAAAGCCUGCUCAGAGACUUCCCCAUCCUGAGGGCCUACCUGGGGGCCAUGAUUCAGCCCGUCCUGGGUACUUCGCUGGGGGCUGGGGAGGAUGGAGCCGGUGGCGGAGAUGCUGGAGGUCUUGGGGCAGCCUUAUGUGGUAAGCCCCUGGUGGUUUUACUCCUGUCGGGCCCUCAGGGGACACCUGCCCAGGCUGUGGCUAUGGAAGCCUUCCAGCAGGCCCUGGCCUCUCGGGACCUGGGCAGGGCUCUGAGCCUGCUGGAGCUGUAUGGACAGGGUUGCAGCCAGGAGAGGGUGCUCCGAGACCGACUACUAGCCUGGGCUGCUCUGGAGGAUGGCGAAGACAGCAUUGGCCAGUUGUUCAGAGUACAGGACCCAUGUCUGAGGGCCCGUGUGGCCUUACAAGCCCUGGAGCGCUGGCCCCUCGGGCCCUCUCUGGAGCUGAUGGAGUUCUGCCUUAACAACCCCCACAUGGAGGCCUCUCUCAGGGGAGAGCUGGAGCUCAGGAAGACGGAGCUGGACGUCUACCAACGGAUGUUGAACCUGCUGCCUUCGUUGCCGUGGGCCACCUGGCAGGAGCUGAGGACAGAGUCCAGGAGAGACCCUGAGUCCAUGUUUUCUAGGAUGUUGGAAGCCAGGGAGUUUUCUCUGUGUGCCCAGUGGAUGGCGCUGUACUCUGUCUCAGACCAACUCAGAUUGCAGCUGCAGACUGAACACCUGCUCCACCUGCUGGAGAAAGGACAGACUGACGACGCUUUCCAGCUGCUGGAGGGCCUAUCAGACUUAACCUUGGGUCUGGAGGUGUGUGAGCGCGCUCUGGACCGCCGGCCCGGAUUGGCUGCCUGCCACUUCCUGGCUAACUACCUCACUCUCCACUUCCAGUGCGAAGUGUCCCCCGCCCGCCGACGCCACAUCCACGACCUUCACCUGGGAUCCAAGGUCCUCCUCACCCUCCCCCCUGGCGCCAGACAGGACUACUUCCCCCUCCUCUCUGAGCCGCUAUUAAUGCUGGAACAGCUCCUGAUGAACCUGAAGGUGGACUGGGCCGAAGUGGCGGUGAGGACGUUACAGAACCUGCUGUUAGGCCGAGAGGACGGCUUCACCGCCCACGACAUAGACAAACUACUCUCCAACUACGCCUGCAAGGCCCUGGACUUCCCCUACGCACCCAGGAAGAGGUCUCGCUCCGAUUCUGUGAUCAGUCUCCAGGAUGACCAGUGUCCAGCCCAGGACAGCUGUCCAUCCACCCCCUCUAGGAUGGGAACACCUCCACCUACUGCAGGUAGUACCCCCAUGCACACCUCGUCCUCCAGCAGUUCCCUGGACAGAGGGUCGACCGGCAGGAGAAUCCAGCGCUCCCCUGAUCAGUUCCAGCCCCCAGACAGAGCCCCGGUUCGUAAGGACUGGGUCCCAGACAACCAGCAGCAUGUCUGCAUGGUCUGCCAGCGAGAACGCUUCACCAUGUUCAACAGGCGUCACCAUUGCAGGAGGUGUGGUCGUCUGGUGUGCCAUGCCUGCUCCGACCACAAGAUGGCGGUAGAGGGCUGCACUGAGGAGGAGAAGGAAGUGCGCGUGUGUGACCAGUGUUACAGCUACUUCCAUCCAGAUUCUGAUGAGACACUGGAACAAGCUGAAGUUGCAGGUAGUCCUAUGUCAACAGAGGGAGUGUUAGAUUCAAUGCUUCACCUGCCAGAGGUCACUCACCGUCAGUUUCACCUCAGCACCAACCCUACAGACAACCUGCAACUACAGACAGAUUUCUACUAUGAACAGGCUCCCAGUGCGUCUCUAUGUGUGGCCAUCCUGUCCCUCCAUAGCGACCAGACAGCCUGUGGACACCAGCUAAUUGGACACUGCCGCUCACUGUCCCGUAAAUUAACCAAUCCUGAGGUGGACGCCCGCCUCCUCACCGACGUCAUGCGCCAGCUUCUGUUCAGCGCCAAACUGAUGUUCGUCAAGGUGGGCCGCAGCCAGGACCUGGCCCUGUGUGACAGCUACAUCAGUAAAGUAGACGUCCUGAAGAUCCUGGUAACGGCCAACUACAAGUACAUCCCCUGUCUGGAUGACAUCCUGGAGACGGCUGCUGUCACCCGGCUACGCAACCAGCUACUGGAGGCAGAGUACUACCAGCUAGCUGUGGAGGUGUCCACUAAGAGUGGUCUGGACCCAGGCGGUGUGUGGCAGGCAUGGGGAAUGGCCUCCCUCAAGGCAGGGAACUUGGCUGUUGCUAGGGAGAAGUUUUGUCGCUGUCUGAACGCUCCGGUGGACAGGAACCAGCUCAGCCUGGGUCCUCGGCUGCUGCAGGAGAUCGUCUCUCAUCUGGAGAGCACCGUCAGAUCCACGCUGGCCACGUCUUUCAGUGAGGACAUCCUGUGGUCUUUGAGGGAGCUUGAGGAAGCUCUUUGUGAGCCUGGAGGAUCAGUGGACUGGCCAGAGGGGGUUCAGGGUCAGGGCAAUAGCCUGUAUCAAGAGAGCUUGUACUACCUGUCCAGCUACGGGACUCACCUGGCCCUGGUCUCCUUCCUGAUGAGACACGACAACAUGAAGGACGCCCUGCAGCAUCUACUCAGCAAGGAAUGUCCAGAGGAGGUGUUCCUGGAGGGCGUAUUGCAGCCUAGUCUGGAGAGGGGUCGUCUGGGGAUGCUGCAGGGGUUACUGGAGACCCUAGAUCCAGGCCUGGAGGUCUGUAGCCGAUACCUCCUCUCCUCCUGUCAACUGCUGCAGCGACGGGGACACUUCCACACACUAUACCAGCUACAACAGUUCAUGAUGGACCACGUACGAGCGGCCAUGACGUGUAUCCGGUUCUUCACCCACGGUGUCGUGUCCUACGUACAGCUGGGAGACCAGCGGAGAUGGCUGGUUCGGGCCAAGGAGCACCUCAGAACCUACCUACAGGAGCAACAGGGAACACGUACCAACAGCACUAACAGGAAGAAGAGCACCUCUAACUCCUUCAGAAAGAAGAUGUCUUCUAGUGAUGUACUGCGACACAUGAACACGAUAGAGCUCCAGCUGGAGGUGACUCGGUUCCUGCAUCACUGUGAAACAUCCAGCUCCGCCCCCACCCCCUCUGCCUCCUCCAGCACUCCUCCCACUCUGUUCGGCCCCAGCGCUAUGAAGAUCGACGUAGCCUGCAAGGUGAUGUUGGGAGGAAAGAACAUCGAAGAGGGGUUUGGUAUCGCAUACCGAGUCAUACAGGUAAGAGACAGUAUUCACACUGAUUUCCGGUAUGGUGACCAGGAGGUUGUCAGGUGGAUACGUCUGGAAUUUCCUUACUUUACUAAAAUAUUAGUCUUAAAUAGAAAAUACCUCGACCUUAAAAUCAGAGGCAGUAGGGAGGACCAGGGAUCCUCAUCUCUGUCCUUCAAUCAGAGGCCUCCUCAUCUCCUGGGAUCCUCAUCUCUGUCCUCCUCAGUCCUCCAGAUCCUCCUCAUCUCCAGGGAUCCCACGGAUGCCAAGGAGUUGGAGUGUCUCACUGAGACUAAGAGCACAGAGAACAAGAUUAAGGCCUACCUGCAGGUGAGUAAACUGCGAGCGGCCUAUCUCCUCGCUGUAAAACUGGAUACAACCAGGGCCGGGCCGCUGGUUCAGGAAGUCCUCCAGACAGCGGAGGGCGUCGGAGACUCUGUCAUGCAGGACAUCUGUUGCCAGUGGCUGUCUGAGCACAAGGACAGGGACAGAAAGACGCCGCCUCCUACAAAACAAGGCCGACCCAACGCCAAGUAAACCCACGAGGGGGAGUGGAACAAGGGGCCGUGUUCAUUACGCACCAACCGGACUGAACCAGGACUCGUCGAAUCAGAAAUGCUCGUUUUAGUUCUCUGUUGCAAAAAAAAAAAUGAUAACAAUAUUUUCUAUUUGUUGUGUGAAUGAACACGACCCGGGCGUAAUCGUUGUCAUGGAGACACCUAGUUCAGGUUACAAGAUGGGGAACCAGACAUCAUCAGGGAAUAACAGAUCGCACUUCAACUAGAAACGCCAAGAGUGGAACAACAAGACACCUUGCCUGGACUCUGUAACUGACUUCCUGUUCCUCACUGGAAGCAGUGAAACACCGUUGUGCCGACUGACUACAGCCAGAC